AUCUAGAAGUCAGUUCAUUUCUAAAGCUCCACAAAGCCGGUUUUGACGAAUUUUGUUAUUGUAAUCAUUCAAAAUGCGAUUCUUUGUGUUGGCUCUUUUGGCCGUCUGCUUAGUAGCGUUGGCUACCGCAGGCCCCGCCAAGGACAAUAAAAAGCAGGCGAAUACUUGCGUCCGGGCAUGUGAGGACGAUUAUAAGCCCGUUUGCGCAAAGGCUAAGAACAGUAGCAAGGAACGCCUUCUAACAUUUGGAAGUCAAUGCGUUCUGUCCAACUACAACUGCCAGCAUGCCGAUGAUCCGUUUGAGGUGAAAACUAAUGGAGAGUGCGGCGGCGGCGUAAGCGUGCGCCUGUCCUAAGAAUUGUGCCUCAAGUAUUCGUAUAACGUGGUGUGUAUGUAAUAAUCAAACUGUAAUGCUGCAAUAAAAACACUGUUUUUGCUCUUAA